AUGCCUGGAGUUACGCUCCUAGAUGAUGGCCAUCCUUCUGCCGAUCGAAAGACAUUCAUUCAGCAUUCCAUCCCUCUUUCUCCUCAUCUUUACGAAAAGGACGAAUAUUUCUGUCAAUUCACACCACGCAUUCACUCUGAUGCCCGUCUUGCCGAUGCAGGUUCCUGGCAGUGCCAAGUGGAUUUCCUUGACUCAGCCGGGACGGCUCGUGCCGAUGCUCUCCGGAACUCUAAUCAAAAGAGUUAUGCGGUCGGAUGCAUCAACCCGACAGUGGGCAACUUCACAGCUUUAUGUGCAUCUGAGGCUAUCCCAGAGCGGCUUGCACUAACUACCUACAUGGUUGAAUAUGCAUAUAUCCAUGAUGAUGUCAUUGAGUAUGCCGAGAAAAAACAUGAGUCGCAGCUCUGGGAAAAAAACAAUGAGUUGGUCGAAGGCCUGGAUCUCGACGCCGAAGUGAGCGCUGGAAGCAAGGAUCACGUGAGGAGGAGACAACUGCAGGCAAAAAUGGCCGUCGAGCUCAUGGACAUUGAUCCAGCGCAAGGAAGAGAGUGCCUCCGUCUGUGGAAGGAGAUGUCAAACGUUUUCGUGAAGAUUCGAGAUCUCAACUUCAAAAAAUUGGAUGACUAUCUGCCUUUCCGUGUGGUUGACGCUGGGUGCCCGUACGACGAUUCUCCCCAAGGCUGGCGAACAGAGACUGAUUAUGAAGUUGAGCAGACGUCUGCGGUCACAAGUGCAGCGUAUGAUGCUUGGGUCCUAGUAAACGACUACUUUUCCUGGGAGAAGGAAUUACAAAACAACCAAGCAAAUGGAGGAGUUGGAGAGAUAGUAAACGCUGUUUUUCUUUUCAUGAAGUGGUACGAUGUUGAUUGGAAAGAAGCCAAGAUCAUGCUGCGGUCCGAGAUUGUCAACCGCGAAAAGAAAUACUGCCAGCAGAAGGCCGAUUUAUUGGCUCGAGGCAAGAUAACAGACAAGAUACAAGACUGGUUUUUACUUCUUGAUCUCGUCACAGCAGGGAAUUUUGCGUGGAGCAUGACCACUGCACGCUACGAUUUAAGUGCGAUUGAUGCAUAUCCCGCUCUUCGCAUUGCGCAUCAGAAUGUCGAGUGCUCGAACCCUGCAGACAGCCUGAGUCUUCCUAUCUCACGUACCGGCAUGGAAAAUACCAAAAAAGACCUUGGUGGUGGUUCAACUGCACCAACGAGCAAUGGGCACUCAAAUGAUAAGGUCAUUGGUGGGAUUAGUACGGAUGUUCCACAAAUCGACCAAUAUGAAAGCAUGGUCCUCGCACCCUUUUCAUAUCUCAAAUCUUUGCCGUCAAAGGGUGUACGGAACUCAGCGAUUGAUGGGCUCGAUGCUUGGUAUCAUGUCCCACCCAAAUCUCUGGAAACGAUUCAGGAAAUCACAAAUCUGCUGCACGCUUCUUCCUUGAUGAUUGAUGACAUUGAGGAUAACUCUGAACUGCGACGCAGCUGCCCCGCUACUCAUACCAUAUUUGGGGUAGCUCAGACAAUCAAUUCUGCAAACCUUGUGAUGUUCAAGGCACUGAAAGCUGUGGGAACUCUGUCUCCAAAAGCAGUCUCAAUCUUCACGGAGAAAUUGAUAGAAGGUCAUAUUGGCCAGGGAAUGGAUCUCUACUGGAAACAGCACACACAGGUACCUACAGAAGAGGAGUACUUUGCUAUGGUUGAUGGCAAAACGGGCGGACUGUUUGUGCUUGUGGCUGAGUUGAUGCGCUCAGAAGCGACUCGGAACAAAGACCUGGACCUCAGUGUCUUGAUGAAGGUUUUAGGCCGCUUUUUCCAAGCCCGCGAUGACUACAUGAACCUCAAGGAUUCAGAGUACACGAAACAGAAAGGUUUCGCAGAGGACAUUAACGAAGGCAAGAUCUCUCUACCUCUAAUUCACGCCAUGAGUGAAGUAACGCCCUUCUGUGACCGCCUACGUAACAUCUUGCAGCUGCGGAAGACAGGCAACGGCUUAGCCCCCGAAAUCCGAGAGUUGGCAUUGGAGGGAAUCACCUCGGCUGGGGGGCUUGAGUAUGCAAAGGGCGUUGUCUUGGCACUGCAGAGGAUGAUAGAAGUAGAGCUGAAACAUGCCGAAGAGGAUACUGGCAUCAACAAUUGGGUAUUACGGUUGUUGCAAAAGAGACUCGAAAUCUGA